AUGUCUAUCGAAAACCUGCCAGCAGACAACGCCGGACCAGCUAUCUUUGACUCUCUGCCAUACUACGACAAUGAACUGGAACAAAAUCCAUUCCUGAGGGAGAAGGUGGAGAAAGAGCUCGCCCGAGAGGCGAAACCAUCUCAAGCUAUACAUCCUCGUGUUCCGCCACCCGUAGAGCUAUUUUCUAACCAUCCACUCCUGGCAGCAGAGCUUGCUCGCAUUGAGUCUCGCCAGCCACUGGAGCCACUAGACACUACACGCCACCAGCUGCCGGGGCCUCAGAAUCCCAGUGAUGAAGAGGAGUGGAAAGCUGCAGUGAGAAACGCUCACGCCCAACUAGAGCACCAACGCCUGCGGCAUACCAAUCUAGCACUUCUGCAGCAGUACGGCCCGAACGCAUGGCGAAUACAUAACUAUUUGACAGAGGCCACGGCUAAGAACAUCGAGAAAGCCCUCGAAGACCUCAAUAAACUCAUGACGGAGGUGAACAGGGACCGAAAGAACUCUCAGACACGGAUAGGGAACCAACUUACGUCACUCGAAACGCGAUGGACAGAGCUGAUUUCUAACAUUCUACAAAUCGAGAUGGCGAACGUUGCUAUUGAAGUCGAGAUUGAUAGGCUCAAUAAAAGCGAGGUUGAACUCGCGUCAAGUAUGUCUACUGUAACACUAACUGAAUGA